UUGGUUCCUUUGGAAGUAUGGCACUCUUUAGAAACAGGCCAGAUCUGGUGCAGGGAAAAGAAAAAGGGACAUGGAAUUAUCCUGGUCUCCUGCUGAAGAGUUGCCUAUGGACUCCUGGAAAGGAAAAACAAGAUUUAGAAAAAUUUUCCAGGUCUAAGCCAUUGGUCUGCAGGAUGGCUGUUUUUUCCUGGUUCCCACUCCUCCUCAUCAUCAUGGUAAGGACUGACUGCUCAGAGCCAGUUUUGAGUGAGAGGACUGAGCAGCCCUUCUGCUUCCUGGUCUCUUGUGGUACCCCUGGGGCAAAUGGGGCUCCUGGAAAAGAUGGAAGAGAUGAGCUCAAGGGAGAAAAGGGACAACCAGGUACAGACCAGUUGGGAUCCUUCUCCGUGGGUCUUCAUUACUACAGGUGUUCCUACAUGAUGACUGCCUCUUCCAGGAGUUCAGACUCAACACAUGAGGUCACAUUUAUCAACGAUGUUGAAUUGUUUCUCUAGAUACAAUCUCUGUCCAAAAACCUUUUCUAUAAACAAGGGAGUGAAAUGAUCAAGGCUUUUCUAUUGAUCCCACUGCGGUAAUCUGGCUCCUCCAGUUUCCACAUAGUCAAAGGAAGAAUUAAGUUGGUGCCUUACCAAAAUAGGCAGUGUAUGGGGCCAUUUUCAAAGGCAAUCUUUUGAGAAUCUCUCAAACCACUCAUCUUUGGUGAAACCUGUGGGAUACUGCUUGCUUAGUAAGACUUAAAAUAAACACUGAUUACUGGGAAGAAAGUCUGGGAACUCUUUCAUGAGGUCACCGGUUUGUUUUAUACCCUCAUAAGGUGUCCACAUGGAGUU